AUGGUCAUGGCUCUACCGUCCACCAUCCGCGCCGUCCACCAGCCCGACAAGCUGUCCCCGCGCCUCGUCCUCACCACAACCCCCCUUCCCACCCCGUCCUCCCCCGCAGAAGUCCUCGUCAAAGUAGCCGCCACGGCCCCCUGCUACAGCGAACUUACCUGGGCCGCCCAGUACCCCGAAUCCUUCCCCGCCGACAAGGAGCCCGUCCCGGGACAAGACGUCGCCGGCACAGUCGUCCGCGCCGGCCCCGGCUCGUCCUUCCGCCCUGGCGACGAGGUUUUUUGCCGCAUCGCCGCCACCCGCCCCGGCGGCCUGCGCGAGUACACCCUCGCGCUCGAGUCGGAACUCGCCCUGAAACCCGCCGCCCUGGACUGGGUAUCGGCCGCUUCCGUCCCGCUCAGCGCCCUGACGGCCUGGCAGGCCCUCUUUGUCAAGGGGAGUCUCGAAAAGAGCGCCCUCUUCGGCGACGAGGCCGCCGGGCAGCGCAACGGCUUGAAAAAGGUCAUGGUCACCGCUGCGGGAGGUAGCGUGGGCGGCUUUGCCGUGCAGUUUGCCGCGGCCGCGGGGGCGGCAGCCGUGGUUGGCGUGUGCAGCGCCGACAAGGCGGAGCAGGUGGUCGCCCUGGGAGCAACCGCCGUGGUCGACUACAAGAGGCAGCGCCUUCAGUCGUGGGUGCAGGAGAACCCGGAGGACAGGCAGUUCGACCUGGUGGUGGACUGCGUCGGGGGCGACGCCAUGGCCGAUCUGUGGGCGGCAGUCAAGGACGGCGGGGAAAUCAUCAGCGUGUCUGACCUUCCGGAUCGAAUGCGGCCUGCGGGAAACACCAAGACGCUCAAAAAGAGCGAGUUUUUCAUCGUCGAGUCGUUGGGAGCGCAGCUGGCCGAGAUUGCGCACCUGGUCGGGCAGGGACGGGUCAGGGCCUUGGUGGACAGCGUGUAUGCGUUUGAGGACUUCCAGGCGGCAUUUGAUAAGCUGGACCGGAGAACGGCAAAGGGCAAGAUUGUCAUCAAAGUUGGCAUGUCACAAGAUGGAGCAUGA